GCGGCGGGCAGGCCCGGGGCGGGUCGGGGCGCGCGCGGAACCCGCGGGCGGCGUCGGCGUUUCCCGGCGGCCGCGGGGAGCGUUGAGGGAGCGCACAGGAAGGGCCGCGCGCUCGGGUCGGCGCGCCUGGCACAUCCCUCGGAGAAGAUGACUGUGUUCUUCAAAACGCUCCGAAACCACUGGAAGAAAACUACAGCGGGGGUCUGCCUGCUGGCUUGGGGGAGCCAUUGGCUCUAUGGAAAACACUGUGAUAACCUGCUGAGGAGAGCGGCCUGCCAGGAAGCUCAGGUGUUUGGCAACCAGCUCAUUCCUCCCAAUGCACAAGUGAAGAAAGCCACCGUCUUUCUCAACCCUGCAGCUUGCAAAGGCAAAGCCAGGUCCCUGUUUGAGAAAAAUGCCGCCCCAAUUUUGCACCUCUCCGGCAUGGAUGUGACCGUCGUCAAGACAGAUUAUGAGGGCCAAGCCAAGAAGCUUCUGGAACUGAUGGAGAGCACAGACAUGAUCAUCGUCGCGGGAGGUGACGGGACCCUGCAGGAGGUCAUUACUGGGCUUCUCCGACGAGCGGAUGAGGCCACCUUCAGUAAGAUCCCCAUCGGCUUCAUCCCACUGGGCCAAACCAGCAGCCUGAGUCAAACCCUCUUUGCUGAGAGCGGGAACAAAGUCCAACACAUCACGGAGGCCACACUCGCCAUUGUGAAGGGGGAGACGGUCCCGCUCGACGUGUUACAGAUCAAGGGUGAGAAGGAACAGCCUGUGUUUGCCGUGACCGGCCUGCGGUGGGGGUCCUUCAGAGAUGCUGGCGUCAAAGUUAGCAAGUACUGGUACCUCGGGCCUCUGAAAACCAAAGCCGCGCACUUUUUCAGCACGCUUAAGGAGUGGCCUCAGACACAUCAAGCCUCCAUCGCGUACACGGGACCCCGAGAACGACCCCCCAGCAGCGCCGAGGAGACCCCGACCCGGCCCUCUCUGUACCGGAGGAUCCUGCGGCGGCUGGCUGGCUACUGGGCCCCGCCCCAAGACGCCCUCUCCCAGGCGCCACGCCCCGAGGACUGGCAGGAGAUGCAGCUGUCCACCAUCGAGCUGUCCAUCACCACGUGCAACAGCCAGCUGGACCCCACGAGCAAAGAAGACUUCAUGAACAUCUACAUUGAGCCCGACAUGGUCAGCAAAGGAGACUUCAUAAUGCUGGGGAGCAAGAAGAUGCGAGAACCCACGCUGCGCCCCGAAGGCACCGAGUGUGUCCGCGCCAGCCGCUGCUCCCUGCGACUGCCCGAGGGCACGGCGGGCUCCUUCAGCAUCGACAGCGAGGAGUACGAGGCGAUGCCGGUGGAGGUACAGCUGCUCCCCCGGAAGCUGCGCUUCUUCUGGGACCCCCGCAAGCGCGAGCAGCUGCAGCCGCGCGCUGUCCCGGGAGCCUGAGACGCCCGCCCCCCGCGUAGUGCACCCAGGCGCCCCACCGCCCGCCGUGGGACCAAAGGGCGCCGGCUCCCAGGGUGGCCACAAGGACCCCAGCCCCGACUGCUGCAUGCUUCCCCAGGGGUCAGGGCAGCCUUGUCCCCACACACUGCAAGCACCGGGGUCGGUGGGCCCCCCUCCCUGCCCGGGUGCUGCGCGGUACCCCGCAGCCAAGGCUGGGGGAGGAGAAAACGCCCCUGCUGGGGGUCUUUGCGGGGUGGUGGUGGUGGUUGUUAAGUAAGUUUAAGUGUUGGAGUGCAUGAAGAGAAGAAGCCCACCGCCCUCCCACAGGACCCUCGGGGGCCCCCCCCUUCCCGCCUGUGCGCCCCAGAAGUAUUCGGGAAAAUCAUGUAUUCCUCACACACUUCUAAGUUGACGUCUCAAAUCUUUUAGGGGAAGUUAAAAAAGUUGCCAAAGUCUGUACUUGUCUGGUGUCGUGUAAAUAUUGAUAUUUUAAAAUAAAACCGUUAACAUCACUCUUUGAAACACAUCCGGCGUAAUUUAAAUACACAGCCAUUUGACACGCGUCAUCCAUUUACAGAAAUAAAUGAAUCCGUUCUUU